AAAGUUUGACAUUACUGAUCCUCAACAGAUAUUAAGCAGUGUAUAAGCAAGUUCUGAAUGCAUUUUCCUUGCUUGCCCCAAUUAUCCUGGGAGUCUCAAUGUUCUAUUUUUUCCAGAGCUGAGACACAAAACCUCAUGUCCAAAGCAGCUGCAUGACCACUAACCUUACCCUCAAAUAUCACUUGUCAUCCCUAUUUUUUAUUCACUGCAAUUGACAUCAUUCACAUCUUUACUUUUUCAAUACUUUGUUCAUUGGCUUCCUAAACUCCACCAUAAAUUUCAACGCAUCCUUAAAAUUAUAGCAUGCUCACCAUUCUGCUUAAAGUCCCAUACAUCUACUACCCCAGUCCUUGUCAAUCUUUAUCACCUCCCUAUUGCCCUGAAACAUUAACUUCAAAAUCCUUGUCUAUAAAAUCUUCAUUCCUUCUGUUAUUCCAACUCGGGUCUGCUGUGCAUUUCAUUCUCCUGUUCUUUUAUUGAUGAUAGGCACUUAAGAUACCCCAGUUACACUGGAACUUGCUUUUCCUAAAGCGACCUGCUUUGUGACAUUUCUUCAUACUUUUUGAAGUCACUUUAAAACCAGCAUCUUCCAUUAUUCUUGAAACUGGAACACCCUCCUCAUCCUAUCCGAUGUAAAAUCUUUUGGUGCUGCAUUCUGCGCUUCUCCCUCCCAGAGAUAUCACACUUAAAUCAUUUUCUUUUUCAGACAGGUGAGAUCUAAGAGUUUAGUUCCCCUCCAAAACUCCAGGAAGAGCUCGCCAAAUGUUUGCUAUUUUCAGUGAAAACUCUUAAAAUGGGGAAUAUUGUUUUAGUUGUUUAAUUUCCAAUAAAAUUAGACGGCAGCCUGAAGAAGAAACAAAAGAACAAUUUGCAGGGUUGUUAAUCUCAACUUUUCCACAUUAUGUGGGGACCAGUUGCAGACUUCAAUCUAAAAACAUAAGGAUAAGGAGUAAACCAUAUGACUUCUUGAGCCUGUUCUGACAUUCAGUAUGAUCAUGGCUCAUCUUUGACAUGAAUUCCUUUCUCCCACUUCCCCAAUUGCCUUGAUUCCCUGAGAGACCAAAAACCAUAAGCAUCUUUCGUAUUCCAAGUGCCACUGUACUUGAUGUCUGCUGUCUGCUCCCCUGUUGACUGACCAUGAGCCUCUGUUUUUAUCAGCAAUAUCACAAGAAUGUAAAUGAACGAUAAAGAUUGGGAAUCGAUCAUUUGGAAAGUUAAGAUGAACAAAAUCGUAAUUCAGGAGUUCAAACUGGGAAAUGACAGUAUAAGUUGAAUUUUCCUUUCUUAACUAUUUGAAACUGCUCGAUGGUCUUGUACUUGAGCAACUUUUAUUUUUAAUUGACUUGUGGGACAUGGGCGUCGCUAGCUGGAUAGCAUUUAUUGCCCAUCCCUAGUCGCACUUGAGAAGGUGGUAGUGAGUUGCCUUCUUGAAACGCUGCAGUCCAUGUGCUGUAGGUAGACUCAUAAUGCCCUUAGGGAGGAAAUUUCUUGUAUGAAAGUGAAUCUUGCUGUUGUUUUAUAUCCCUCCUGACAUUUAUUUCCCCUCUUUUAUUGAAAAGAAAUGGGCAUAAAAAUUAUGACUGAUGUAAAAUAGUUUGCUAUUCACUGUCAUUCUUUUACAAUAUCAAGUCAAGUGUACUCCCAAUCAGUCUCACAUUUACAGCUUCCCUUAAUUUGUUGUAUUUUCAAAUCCCUAUGACCUCAGCACAGCUUAUUUCACUGCUGUGAACUCUUUUAAAAACUCUGCUCACUACUAUUUCACUCUUUAUUGUGAUAUUUCUUUCCACAUUUACCUCAAGCAUUGACUUGUAUUGUCUUUUGUUUCUUGCUUUUAUACCACAAGAAAGCUAAUGGAAUGCUGUCCCGUAUCUUGACUGAAGUACAAGAAUGCAGAAGUUAUGCUGCAAUUAUACGAAACCUUGACUCACUCCCUGCUCCCCACCCCACUAAACUUGGGAAGGUCAAAAAUACUUGCAAGGUGGUAAUCCUUGAAUCGCACAUUAUUUUUUAUUCUAGAAACAUGAAGGAUACUCUGCAGCAAAGGGAACAGAUAUAGCUUCAUGCCCGUGAUGUUAUGUUAUAGUUCUGAAACGAAUUUUGUAAAAAGAUAAAAUUAUGGAUGACUUUUUACAUUAGUUAAAAAUAUAUUAGAUAAGGUGAAUUUCUGGCAAAGAGACAUUUGUUUGAAAUGAUGUUGAAUGUUGGAACAAAUGUCUUUAAAUCAACGGGUAAUGAAUAUUUGAAUUAAAUAUGAUUUCUGUCUCCGUCUGUGGUUAGUUGAGUUUUUACCCAAAAUGAAGGUAAGGUGCCAUUUAUUAUUCUAAAUUAAAGUAGUCAAAUUAAAGCUCAAGAGCCAUGAAGUUUCACUGCAGUAAAACAUAAUCAGUUGGUUACAAAAAUAAUUGAUCACGUAUUGGGAUAUUCUGAGCUGGAAUUUCUUAUAGAAAUAUUGGGUCAUCUUCAUGUUCACCCAACCCCUACCCCUUUUCAUCUUCUUCAUCCAGUUUUAGAAAUAGUGCUGGAUGACAAUCUCAAUUACCCUUUUUAAGACAAAACCAUUGCAUAACCAGGGAGGAAAAAAUAUCUUUGAAUUUUAUCUUUUACUCCAACAACUUGCAUUUUUAUAGUCCAUUUGAUGCAACAUAAUGUUCUGACCAGUGAUUCCUACCCCAGCGUUCAGAUCAAAACAUAGCAUAAACAAACUGCUAAAAGCAUUUUCUGAAGAAGGGUCUUGACCCAAAACGUCAGCUUUCCUGCUCCUCUGAUGCUGCUUGGCCUGCUGUGUUCAUCCAACUCUACACCUUGUUAUCUCAGAUUCUCCAGCAUCGUCAGUUCCUACUAUCUCUGCUAAAAGCACGUAUCAAAAGUUUUUCUUUGAACCCUGCGCACAGAAUCACGUUUUAACUAAAACAAAACAAUAUCCACUGGUCAUUUUGCUUUAAAUUUGUGAAGGAAUUUACAAAAUCUCUUGUGUGAAUUGUAAGCUGUGACGAGUGACUUUGUCUCAACUGCGUUUGAGCCAUCCUGCUGUAUGAAUAAAACCACAUACCCUCCAACUGAUUGAUUCUGUACCAUUUUAAUAAAUCUCAUGUUAUGUCAGAGUUUCUUUCCCAUACUAGGUCAGCUAAAGGAUGGCAGCCGAAGCACUAGGAAACCACAGCUGCCAUCUACUACAGCAGCUUCAUGAGCAGCGUAUCCAAGGUUUCCUGUGUGACUGCAUGCUGGUGGUGAAGGGUGUCUGCUUUAAGGCUCAUAAAAAUGUGCUGGCUGCAUUCAGCCAGUACUUUAGGACCUUAUUUCAAAAUUCUUCAGGCCAGAGUCGUGAUGUCUUCCAUUUGGAUAUUAAAAAUAUUGGUGGCAUUGGCCAGAUUCUGGAUUUUAUGUAUACUUCGCACCUUGACCUUAGCCAUGAAAACGUCCAGGCUGUGUUGGACAUUGCUCAGUGUUUGCAAGUACCGAAUGUGCUCAGUCUGUGCUAUACUUUCCUAAAGGCUUCAGCAAAUGUCAUAGGUGAUAGCAGCAACUUGGCAGCUGCUAGCACUAUUUCGCUGCAUGGGGCCCUGUCAACCGACACAGAGGAUAUGCUAGAGAAUACAGAUGGCACUGAGAUAAACCAUGACUGCUCUUUUGGGAUACAGAGUCAUAUCCAUAAACCUCAAGAGCUGGGGCUUUUAUUUAGACCACUGCCAGAUAUUUCUCAAGCUGAAAUAUCAGCGACUUUGCAGAACCAAACUCCUGGACUCCCAGACAGGACUACUUCAGAUUAUCCAAUGAGGCAAAAUGCUCAACAGCCUUCUAAGUUGUACAACUGUUAUGGAAAAGAAAUGUUCAAACAAAAUCUGUCACCUUUCUUCAAUAGUAAUCAAGGGGAGCAAAGAAGAGUGGAUCUCGAUGAUGGUAUAAGCACAGCAGUAACCACAAAGGAUGUAUCUUCCCUUGAACCUACUGAAUGCAACAGUGCUGCUCAGGAACCAUCCUCAUCAGGCAUGACGAUGCACACAGAAGAAAGAUGGUCCUUUAGUCAGAGUAUGGGGACCAUGGAACCUCAACCAAUUAGACAAUUGCCUCAUGUGAAAAAGAAAGUCCCUCUGAAGAAGUAUGAUUAUUUGUGGCCCAAGAAACUGCUCGAGUCACCUUCUGUGCUCCCUAAAGUGAAUGAAAUAUCCGAAGCUGAGAAAGUAAAUGGACACAGCUCAAGGGAGCUCCCCAAAGAGAAUUUGGGACAAGGCGGUUGUGCCGGGGAGAAAGAUCAGGAACAAGUGAAACUGACUGACUCACCUUUGAGAGGCAGUGAUCUAGUACCAGUUAACCAUGGAGCUACUGGAGAUUCCGAGGAAGUUCUUGACCAGUCUUUAAGUAACUCAAACGUUCAGUCCCAGUUUUGUCAGUCACAGAAGCAAUAUUGUUGUGAACUAUGUGGGAAAACCUUUAAGCACCCGAGUAAUCUAGAAUUACACAGACGUUCUCAUACAGGUAUAGUAAAUAUUGGGAAUGUGCCAUUUUGA